AUUAAAAGCUUCCUGCUCAGCAAUUUAAUGCACAGUAUGUUGAAGAGCUGUUGGUUAAACCUGUCUAAGUUUUCAUCAGAAUGUUUCCAGUUACACAACAUCUGCUGGUAUUCACAAUCAUUUCAGUCCUUUCACUGACCAGGGCACAGACUACAACAUUAGGUACAACAACAGUGGCAAGCAGCAUUACGAGUGAUGGAAGCUUUACUACUACAACCACAGCCACUCCACAAACAUCUACUAACUCAGCCACUCCACAAACAUCUGCUAACCCAGGUACAACCUCAGGGGCAAGCAGCAUUAUGAGUGAUGGAAGCUUUAUAACUACAACCACAGCCACUCCAAAAACAUCUGCUAACCCAGGUACAACAACAGUGGCAAGCAGCAUUACGAGUGAUGGAAGCUUUACUACUACAACCACAGCCACUCCACAAACAUCUACUAACUCAGCCACUCCACAAACAUCUGCUAACCCAGGUACAACCUCAGGGGCAAGCAGCAUUACGAGUGAUGGAAGCUUUAUAACUACAACCACAGCCACUCCAAAAACAUCUGCUAACCCAGGUACAACAACAGUGGCAAGCAACAUUACGAGUGAUGGAAACUUAACUACUACAACCACAGCCAAUCCACAAACCUCUGCUAACCCAGCACCCAUUACACAAACAUCUGCUCACCUAGGUACAACCUCAGCGGCAAACAGCAUUACGAGUGAUGGAAACUUUACUACUACAACCACCAUUCCACAAACAUCUGCUAACCCAGCAGCCACUCCACAAACAUCCACUAACCCAGGUACCACCUCAGCGGCAAGCAGCAUUACAAGUGAUGGAAGCUUAACUACUACAACCACCACUCCACAAACAUCUACUAACCCAGCAACCACUCCACAAACAUCUGCUAACCCAGGUACAACAACAGUGGCAAGCAACAUUACGAGUGAUGGAAACUUUACUACUACAACCACCAAUCCACAAACCUCUGCUAACCCAGCACCCACUCCACAAACAUCUGCUCACCCAGCAGCCAUUCCACAAACCUCUGCUAACCCAGGUACAACAACAGUGGCAAGGAACAUUACGAGUGAUGGAAGCUUUACUACUUCAACCACAGCCACUCCACAAACAUCUGCUCACCCAGAAUUGAACACCACGACAAACAUCGGAUCAAGCAAUUUCUCAGGAAUCUUUUACCCGUUCGGCUCUGCAGCAGGAGACACAAGCAAUAUUGCUCAAGAUGAUGGAAGCUCGACUUUGAUUGGCCUGUUGAGUCCAUUUAACUUCUUUGAGCGUACAUACCGCCAGAUUUAUGUUAAUAAUAAUGGACACCUUACAUUCAACCAAUCUUCAUGGCAAUAUGUCCCAUACUACUUUCCUGCUAAGGGAAACCAAGAUAUCAUUGCUGGUUUCUGGACUGAUCUUGACAACAGGAGAGGUGUUGUUUCAUAUCAGCAGUACACAAAUGGAAGUGUGCUCACACAUGCCACUCAGGAUAUAAAACAGUAUUUCCCUGAUCUGAGCUUCAAUGCUACUUGGGUAUUUGUUGCAACUUGGGAUAAAGUCGCUUACUGCUGCACCACAAACACAGAAACUUCAUUUCAAGUGGUUUUAAUUUCAGCUGGUAAUUCUUCCUUUAUUCUGAUUAAUUAUGGAGACAUCGCUGCGAGAGAACAAACUAUUGCUGGUUAUGACACCGAAAAGUCCUCACACUACUUUGUGAUUCCUGGGUCAAACAACGGGAAUGGGAACGUGAAUCUCAAAUUCUCCAGUAAUGUAAAUGUUACAGGUCGUUGGGCCUUCAGAGUGGACAUUGACCCAAACAUCAUCUCAAAAGAAUUUAACACCACGACAAACAUCGGAUCAAGCAAUUUCUCAGGAAUCUUUUACCCGUUCGGCUCUGCAGCAGGAGACACACGCAAUAGUGCUGAAGAUGAUGGAAGCUCGACUUUGAUUGGCCUGUUGAGUCCAUAUAAGUUCUUUGAGCGUACAUACCGCCAGAUUUAUGUUAAUAAUAAUGGACACCUUACAUUCAACCAACCUUCAGGGCAAUAUUUCCCAUACUACUUUCCUGCUUAUGGAGGCCAAGAUAUAAUUGCUGGUUUCUGGACUGAUCUUGACAACAGGAGAGGUGUUGUUUCAUAUCAGCAGUACACAAAUGGAAGUGUGCUCACACAUGCCACUCAGGAUAUAAAAAAGUAUUUCCCUGAUCUGAGCUUCAGUGCUACUUGGGUAUUUGUUGCAACUUGGGAUAAAGUCGCUUACUGCUGCACCACAAACACAGAAACAUCAUUUCAAGUGGUUUUAAUUUCAGCUGGUGAUUCUUCCUUUAUUCUGAUGAAUUAUGGAGACAUCGCUGGGAAAGAACAAACUAUUGCUGGUUAUGACACUGUAUAUUCCUCACACUACUUUGUUAUUCCUGGGUCAAACAACGGGAAUGGGAAUCUCACAUUCUCCAGUAAUGUAAAUGUUACAGGUCGUUGGGCCUUCAGAGUGGACAUUGACCCAAACAACAUCUCAAAAGAAAACGUAAUUGGACUUCAAGUGAAACUCACCUCAUUUUUAAACCUAUCACAGAAUGAAAACAUUAAUCUUGUUUUAGAUCAACUAAAACAGGAGCUGAUCAAAAAUGGUCUGCCGAACAGCACAGAGUUGACAUUAAGAAAAAUUCAAAAGACAAAUCCAUAAUCUUGAGUCUCACAGGGAAAUAAAACAGAGGCGUCUUGGACACAACAAAUAAGUUUGCCAUUGAAGAUCGGAUGCCUCAAUGUCUUUUUUAUUAAAACAAUACAUUACAUAAUAUAUAU